AUGCUCCGGCUGUUCACUGUCUUGGUGCCGGGGUAUUUCUGUAUCAUUCUCCAAGGCUUCGACGGCUCGUUGAUGGGGGCAAUCAAUGCAAUGCCACAGUAUCAGGAAUUCUUUGGUUUAAAGGCAGCAGGCUCUUCGACGGGCCUUGUGUUCGUCAUGUUCAACAUCGGUGCGAUUGCGGCACUCCCCUUCACCGGCCCCUUAAGCGACACCUGGGGUCGCCGCUGGGCUAUGUUUACUGGAGCUUGCUUCGUCAUUAUCGGCACCUGUAUUCAAGCCCCAGCCGUCAACAAGGGGAUGUUCCUGGGUGGCCGGUUCCUAGUCGGGUUCGGACAGGGUUUCCUCAACGUCUCCGGCAUUACCUACGUGACAGAGAUGGCACAUCCCUACUGGCGCGGGCCAUUGUGCAGCUUCCUCGAAACAAAUUACUUUGCAGGGAGCAUCAUCGCGUCCUGGGUCACUUACGGCACCGCAUACCUGGCUGGUACAAUCUCCUUCCGUCUCCCCGUGUGGCUGCAACUGGUCAGCGCCGGAUACAUUGCACUGGCUGUGUUUUUCAGCCCCGAGUCCCCCCGCUGGCUUAUUGCCCACAAUCGGUACGAGGAAGCCGAGGCCACCCUUGCCAAGUACCACGGCGAAGGCUCGCAAGCGAAUCCCUUUGUGCGCCUACAGAUGGCCGAAAUGCGGGCGCAGAUCUCCCCCAACAGCCUCGACACAGCAUGGUGGGACUACCGCUCGCUUUUCAUGACGCGCCCUGCCCGGCGCCGCGUACUCUGCGCCCUUGCCUUUGCGUGGUUUGGGCAGUACUCGGGGAAUGCCCUGGUGAGCUACUACUUCCCCGUCAUUGUGUCGCAGGCCGGAAUCAGUGAUCCCCACACGCAGCUAUUGCUGAACGCGCUGAACCCUGUCUUUUCGUGGAUCUCUGCCAUGACGGGGGCAAUGUUCAGCGACACGCUCGGCCGCAGACCGCUACUUCUUGCAGGAUUCUCGGGGUGCGCGAUGUGUCUCGCGGUCGUCACGGGCUUGACAAAGGCAUCUAGUGUGGAUGGAAGCCAGCCAGCUGGCCAUGCUGGCAUUGCCUUCAUCUACCUAUUCAGCAUUGUGUUCUCGUUCUGCAUAACACCCCUGCAGACUUUCUACAUCUCUGAGUGUCUUAGCCUCGAAACUCGAGCCAAGGGCGGCGCUGCCGCGCAGGUUGUGGCCUCAAUCGCCGGCAUCGUUGGGCAAUAUACAACCGGGGUGGCGAUUGACCAGCUGGGAUACUACUAUUACCUUGUCUUCGUGUUCUGGGACUGCAUUGAAACGUUGGUGGUGUAUUUCUUCUUCCCAGAGACCAAGGGCCGAACCCUCGAGGAGAUCAAUGAUAUUUUCGAAGAUCCGAAGCCGGUUAGAAAGUCGUUACAACUACAGCCAUCGGUAAAUGCUGUGCACACUGUGCUGGAGGCUCGUCAUUGA